AUUUGCUUGAUUUGCUUGAUUUUUUUCAUUUUCCAAACAUCGUCCGUACGGGUAAUCCCCAGGUUUCACCACAGCUAGAUGGGUUUCUGUACGUCUGGUGGCGUUUUGUAGUUUUUGUAUUCGCCACUCACAUUUGUUACUUUGCGUUGGACAAAAUAAAAUGAAGCCAGAAGAUCUUCCGCUCUACAAAUCUCCGAUUGAGGUAACUAGGAUCGAAAAGCCCGAAAGUAAAUUGCCUAUGGAAACGCAAGUAGCACAGGCAAGAGAGUUCAUCACAGAGUACAGUGUGCCUGUGGUAAAAGCGUUAAACACCACAAGUACAUUUGUUUCCAAUGGUGUUGGCAGAGUAACUACACAAUAUGAUUCAAUUAAUGAUAAACCAGCAUUGCUUCAAAAGUCUGCCUUUAUAGGAGGUUCUUUUGCCAGUGGAUGGCUGCUUAACUCUUUACUGUUUCCUAAAUCUGGAAGGAUACGUCGAAUUUUAACACCGGUCACAUGUGCUGCCAUAACAGCUUCAAUAUGCUACCCUGACCAAACAACCCAACUUUUAAAUGAUGCAAGGUACAAUAUAAAGAAACAAGCUUGUUUUAUCUACAGAAAGUUUAAAGGGACGCCUCCAGAAUCAUGCACCAAGCAAUUAGAAGUUAAAAAUGAAGAGAAUUAAGUGCGUGCUGUAACAGUGUUACUUUAAAGGUUAUAGACAUAUUAUCUUUUUGUAAUGUGGCUAAAUCAAGGUUUGGUUAUGAAAUAUAGUUGUCAAUACUGUGUAUUAAAUAAUAUAUAUUAUCAUAUGGAGUAACUAUAUAGGUCAGAGGAAUAAUUGCAUAGCUAUUAGUGUUGUACAGUUACAGGUUUAUGUGGUUUCUAGGUUACACUAAAUACUUUACUACUUACGGACCACAGUUCCUAGGGUUAAAAUAUUACUUGCUUUUUUAUUCUACAGUUUGUAAGUAAUGCAGUGGCAUAAAUUUAUGCCCUUUUAAACGUCUCUGAAGAAAUAAAAUGC